AUGCCUCCAGCUCCAUCUAAUCACGUUGAUGAAGAUGAGCAGCAACCCGAGGCUAGCUCUAGCCAGCCCAAGGCCGAGAAGCUCGAGGUCACCAUCAAUACUAAGCCAGUCGAGCCGUCUUCUACUGAGGGAAAGGAGGAUCCGCCGCAGCUAAAGCGCAACGACCUAAAGGACUCAUGGUACAAGGACAACACAGAAUUCGUCCGCCGUGGUGCCCCUCGCCCCGUCGACGUCUACGACGAGUUCGUCUCACCACCUCGUCCACCGCGCCGAACGAGGCGCGCCCCGCCGCCUCCAGAUUAUUGGGCGGACCCUAUGCCAGAGCCUACUCAACCUCUCCUGAUGUCCUCCGUUGAUUUGCUACAACAACUCAACUAUGACGGACUUGCUGAUCUCCCAAUCUUGAACGGUCAAUAUCAUAGAUCAAGCAUCUACCUCUCCACAUUUCCCUUCACCGACAAAGACGUGAAGCAAUGGAGCUGGCUCUUCCAGCUGGGCAUUGAGGGCAAAUUCUUGUUCAAGCAAGGAGAAUUGCCCGAUGAUGAUGGCGAUGUGGAGGACGAAUGGUUAUAUUCAGGAGAGCGUCACGGCCGCAUAGCUGUUCGUUCGACCCCUUAUCAUCGUGGUCGUCACGAUCGCUCUCCUUGGGGCCCACCGGACAAUGGAGCAGAUGUCCCCUCUGUGUAUCUCUCGCGUGCGCUUGAUCCCGCUAUUGUUCCUGAACCAUCUGAGAAGGACUUUACGUUCGUCAUCGUGGUGCGAAACCGCGGGCGAGCUGGUGGCGGGGCGAAGCUGCUCACCGCUGGGAGUCGCAAGGCUGCAGGUAUUCUCAUUUACUAUGAGGGUCUCAUUGGGCAUUCUGUGGCAUUUGUAGGUGCCGUGAAAGAAGGCUUCGAGAAGGGGAAGAAGGCUUGGAAGUAUAAGCGCGUGGAGAGCGUGGAAGAGGCUGAGAAGGUGGUAGAAGAAGGCAUCGUGGGCGUCGUCUGCUGA